AUGUUGCACAGAUCCAUAAACGGUGGAAUCCAAAGAGCCGUAGCCACUCAAUUAGCUUUUUCGAGAACAAUGAUCACUGCUCAAGCUGUUGCCUACUCCAAAUAUGGGGAACCAAAAGAUGUCUUGUUCACUCACAAGUACGAGAUUGACGACGAUAAUGUUCCUUCGGACUCAAUUGUGGUCAAAACUUUAGGAUCCCCCGUCAAUCCAUCGGAUAUCAACCAAGUUCAAGGUGUGUAUCCUUCAAGACCAGAGUUGACAAAAGAGCUUGGAACUUCAGAACCAGCUGCUGUGGGAGGAAACGAGGGAUUGUUUGAGGUGAUCAAGGUCGGUAGCGGCGUAUCUCAGUUUAAAGUGGGAGACUGGUGUGUUCCUACCUCCGUCAAUUUUGGAACCUGGAGAACCCAUGCUUUGUGUGCCUCUGAAAAAAUGACCAAAUUGAACAAUCCCACCCAAAGCAAGAACGCUGGUAAGAAACACUCGUUGACAGUGGACCAGGGAGCCACCAUCAGCGUCAAUCCUUUGACAGCAUUACUCAUGUUGACCCACUAUGUAAAGUUGCAACCUGGUAAGGAUUGGGUGGUUCAAAACGGAGCCAAUUCUGCCGUGGGUAAAUUUGUAUCGCAGAUUGCAAAGAUCCUUGGCAUCAACUUGAUAGGGGUUGUUCGUGACAGGGACAAUUUACAAGCAUUGGUUGACGAAUUGCAACAAGAAUACGGAGCAGAUAAGGUGAUUACAGAAGAGCAAAAUGAGCUGCGUGAUUUCUCCAACGAAGUCAAAUCAUGGGUCAAGGAAACUGGCGGCGAUGUCAAGCUUGCAUUGAACUGUGUGGGUGGAAAAAAUGCCACGGCAUUGGCCCGGAAACUUGGCCAAGAUGGGUUGAUGUUGACCUACGGAGGAAUGUCUUUCCAACCGGUUAUCAUUCCCACCGCAGUGCACAUUUUCAAAAAUGUCACCAGCAGCGGAUUCUGGGUUACGGCAUUGUUGAAAAACGACCCUGAGUUGAAAAAGAGAUCUUUGGACCAAAUUGUAGAAUGGUACGAAAAUGGUCAAUUGAAGGUUGCAAAGUCAAAUGAGGUCAAGUUUGACGGCAGCGAUCUCGCUAAAGUCUAUACAGAUGCCGUUGCAAACUCCAAACAAGGAAAGCAAUUGAUCGUAUAUUAA